AUGGAUAAGACGUCCACAGACCAGUACGGGCGAAAGUCGUGGAACGUGGAGGCGUAUGAGGCCGAGGCUAAGAAGGGUCAACAGAAGAAGGGGCCUUCUGAGGAAGCUAAGGCUGCUGCACUGAGGUUGGCAGCUUCUGGUCAUCUACAACAGAGAGCAGAGCUACUUAAUGAGUCUAUUACGCUGGUGAAGAAAAGAACACUUAUAGCUGAUCUGGCGCUUAGUGGGAGGAAGAGAUUUGGGUUUACGUGUCCGAUUUGUGAUUUAUCGUUUCGUGAUACUUUGGCUCUUGUGGACCAUAUUAACUCGCCUCAGCAUGCUAGGAAAGCACAGGAACUUGCUAGAAUAGCAGGUACAGAGGGGACAGGCGAGGUUUCGAAUGGAAUACGACAUGCUACGCCUGAGGAGGUUUCACAGACGAUAGAGUUGCUUGUGGCUAAGAAGCUACGAGAGAAUGCUGCUUCCAAGACGAUGGAGUCUAUGCAAGAGAGAGUACGUAAACGGGCUGCCUUCAUGGAGAAAAGAAGCUCCAGGAGGAAGGAAAAGAGACAGAAGAAGAAAGGUGGCCAGGAGGUUGCAGAGGAAGAGUCUGAAAUGGCAAAGACCAUGGGUUUCGGUGGGUUCGGGUCUACGAAGGUUGCGUAG